AUGGCCUCCUUCGCGCCCUCGGGCGCCGCGUCGCCGCGGAGCUCGCGCGUCCCUGCGAGCGGCGCGCUGGAGGAUCAUCUUCCUCCGCAUCAUCGGCGACAGAGCGGGUCAACGGACGCCCGCAGAGGCACCUCGCGGUUCGGCAGCCACGCCCACGGCACGGGCGCCUCCGUCCGCGGCGCGCCUCAUGGCAGUGCCUUUCCUUCCCACGCAGCUUCGCCUGCAGCCGCGUCCCUUGCGCGAGGCGACCCGCGCGAGGGCGGCUGUCGAGAGCGAGGCAGACGCGGCUGGCGGCCUUUCGGCGCGCGGCGCGGAGGCGGCAGAGGCGGCCGCGGCGCGCGCGGCGGGCGUCUCGAGGAAAGAGUAGUCGAAGCGAAGAUCUGCGUCGUGUGCGGCUCGAGCGAGGACGUGAAGUACAAGCUGCCUUGCUGCAGAGGCCUCUUCUGCUCGGCGGCCUGCUUCCGGCAGCACAGGCAGCAGCCUUCUUGCCGCCCACGCGAAGAUUUGCGGGCUGACACGCCCGCGGGAGAGAGCGAGGCGCCGCCGCACAGCGGCAACAAGCGUCUCAGGGAAGACGAGGAAGCGUCGCCUGCAGCCCUGCGCACAGCUGAGGCCGCCGGAGAACGCGGAGAAGGCCUUGGCGUGGCGAAGAGGCGGCGUGGGGAGGAGCACGCGCAGCACGCAGAAGAAGAAGAGGAGGGCGAAUGCGAAGAGGAGGAAGAUCCCACCGAGAGCGCAGCGACGCUGCAGCCCCUCGCGCGAGAUGCCGCGGAGGAUGAAGACGAGCAAGAGAUGGAAGACGACCAAGAGUCGCCGACGGCAGUGCGCUGGUUCCGCGACGGAGACGACGCGUUGGGCGAUGAGGAGCUGGACGGCGCGUUCGACGACCGACUCGAGGAGGCCGAGGAAGAGGAACACCUCGGAAGCGACGAGCUGUCUCUCCAGCAGAAAGAAGCGCUGCGGAGCAACGCGGAGCUUCGCGAGGCGUUUGAGAAGAGUUUGCGACUAAGAGAAGCGUUUGCAGACAUUGCCUCCGCCGCAGAUAAGACUGCGGCGCUCGCGAUCUACCUAAACGACGGCUGGUUUGAGUCGAUAUGCGAUCAAGUCAUGAAUGUCAUUCAAGAGGAAGAUGAAGGACACUGA